AUGGUGUCCUCUCGAGCACUCGUGGUGGUCUUUCUCUCUUGUUUUUGGCUACUCCCGGGUACGCAGCAGCUGCAAUCGUCGCAGACUGAGGUUCUGCAGCAGCUAAGGAAGCAAUUGGAGUACCCAAGGCAUUUGGAUGCUUGGAAUUACGCCGGAGACCUCUGCAGCGCGCCGCCGUCACCUUUUCUUACAGUUGCGUGUGAGGCAAACACGAUUACCGAGCUCAAGAUCGUUGGCGACAAACCGGCCAAGGUCAGCAACUUCGAUGGUCAUCCAGUUGCCGGCCAAACCCUCUCGGCGUUCUUCUCCGUCGAUUCAUUCGUCACAACAUUGUCGAGGCUAAACAGCUUGAAGGUGGUAAUCUUGGUCUCCUUGGGGAUUUGGGGCCCUCUGCCUGACAAAAUUCAUCGUCUCUAUUCUCUGCAAGUGCUUGAUCUGAGCUCCAAUUUCCUGUACGGCUCGAUUCCUCCGAGGAUAUCUGCCAUGGGGAUGCUUCACACUCUGACUCUCGACGCAAAUUUCUUCAACGACACCGUCCCCGACUGGUUCGAUUCUCUGUCGAAUCUGACCGUCCUGAGCUUGAAGAAUAAUCGCCUCCAGGGCCCCUUGCCCCGGUCGAUCGGCGGAGUUACGGCUCUCACCACUCUGGCUUUGUCAAAAAACAAUAUCUCAGGCAGGGUACCUGAUCUGGGCAGCUUAUCGAGCCUCGAGGUUCUGGAUUUAAGGGACAACCAGUUAGAUUCUGAGAUUCCUCCCAUGCCCAGAGGGAUGGUCACCAUCCUCCUCAGCAGGAACUCUUUGGCGGGCAAGAUACCUCACCAGCUCGGAGAACUGAGUCGGCUACAGCACCUCGACCUGUCGUACAACCUUCUCCAGGGAACUCCUCCUGCGUCGCUGUUCUCCUUGCCCAACUUAAGUUACCUGAGUCUGGCUUCCAACAUGCUCAGUGGUUCCCUCUCCAGCAAGCUAGCCUGCGGCGGCCAACUCGGGUUCAUCGACAUCUCGGUAAACAGAUUAACAGGGACUCUGCCUCCAUGCCUGAGUGACAUUUCGAAUGAAAGGGUCAUCAAAUUCAGUGGUAACUGCUUGUCUGACGAUUCCAGUCGCCAGCACGAGUCCUCGUUUUGCAGGGAAGACAGAAUAGUAGGAAAGGGAGGCAAGAACAGAUAUAUAGGGCUGCUGAUCUGCGCCAUUGGAGGAGCUUUUGUUGUCAUGCUAGUCCUCCUCCUCAUGCUACUAUAUUUCUAUCGGAGGCAUCGCCACGGACGGGCAAAGGCAGAGACUCGGCUGCUGCAGAAUCCGGCCCUGGAAAAUUAUUCGACAGGUUUUUCCUCUGAGCUCCUUGCCAACGCCAGUAAGUUUGCUUCCUGUUCUUCCCUUCUCCUCACCCUGUGACCUCAUAACUAGGCAAACUCUUCACGUGGAUGAUGUUUUAUACUGGUCAAAUGAAGAUUUCUUCUACUCCAUCGAUGGUUGAUCUCCAAUGGUUGCUUGCCCAUAUGCCAGGAUACGUUUCCCAACCUGUGAAACUCGGAUCGCAAGUGAUGCCGACGUAUCGGGUAUUUUCCUUGGAAGAAUUGAGAGAGGCGACGGACAAUUUCAGCCGAUUAUCCUUUAUUGGCGAGGGUUCUCAUGGAAAGGUGUCAUUUUCAGCAUGCUUCUUGAUGCUAUUUCAUCCAAAAGCAGCCUUCUUUUAGUAUACUCUUUGAAAUGUGACUGUGGCAUGCAUUCUCUCCACAAUCUGCCACCUUUAAUCCCGGAUUUUAUUUUAUUUUUGUCUUUUGGGAGUGAGGUUGAGGUUCUUGAAAAGUCAACAAAUCCCUGAAUAGGAAUUAUUUUCUCCUUUCUUUUUAGCUUCACCAUAAUGUGGAUCGAUUUUCUUCUGUUUCUUGUCCUGCCUCAUCGUGAUCUACACAGCUCAUCAGCUUCACUGCUAUCAUGUUCCCUCCCUCCAGAAUUGAUCAACUCCAUGCCAAUAGUCACUAAAGAGUAGGAACAACAAACUGAUUUAUCUCGAGUGCUGCCCAUUGAAAUCAGAAGAUCUAUUGGGUCAUGACCCCGAGGGUCAAAUCUCUCCUUCCCCUCCUCCUCUUUUGUUUUCGAUUCACAGUACAUUAAUCAGAGAUGAACAGUGUUUGACGAACAUCUCAUCCUCUGCUCUUUGGCGUGACGAUGAAAAACCAGUGGUGAUGAGCCAAUUUUUAUCCCCCAUUCAGGUGUACAAAGGGAGGUUGGAGAAUGGGUCUCAAGUCGCUGUGAAGUGCCUGGCCUUAUUUAAGAAGUACUCCAUCAGGAACCUCAACCUCCGCCUGGAUCUGCUCUCGAAGCUCCGCCACCCUCACUUGGUUUGCCUCCUGGGCCACUGCGUGGAUGGCUCGUCGGACGACUCCAGCGUGCACAGGGUCUUCCUCGUCUACGAAUACAUACCCCACGGAAAUCUUCACUCCCAUCUUUCCGGUACAUACGAAGCACAGAGCCUGGCCCAGUUAUUUUUUUGGUGAGUUUUCCUCAUUUUGCUUAUGUCUGCAGAGAUUAGCAUGGAGAAAUUUCUGACAUGGCCGGAGAGAUUGGCCAUUCUGAUCGGCAUUGCAAAGGCUACCCACUUCCUGCACACUGGAAUCCUUCCCGGGUUCUUCAAUAACAAGCUGAAGACGCAUAAUGUGCUGCUUGAUGAGCAUUAUAUUGCAAAGAUCAGUGAUUAUGGGCUGUCGAUUAUCACCGAAGAAAUCGACAAGCAUGAGGUGGGUCUGAGAGGUUCUUCUCUGAUGGAUGCCAAUGGAAUACAUACUUUGGAAAUUCCUUUAUUUACUCCUUUUUUAAUUUCUCCCCCUCCCCCUUCUCGUCAGGUGAAGGCAGAAGGCCUAAAGUCAACUCAUGCGGCUCAGAUCAAUCUGCAAUCCAUGUGAGAAUCCUUCUCUGAUGCCAUAUUUCCUUUGACUUCCUAUUUUUUGGUCCUGUUCUUGAGUUGUAAUCUAUGAGGCUGAUUUAUCUGUGCAUGUAACGCCUGACUUAUUCCUAUUUUUCGCUUAGAAAUUAUUUGUUUUCUUCGCUUAGAAAUCCUUCUUUGUUCAUAAAAUACCAUCUUUUACAGGGAAAUGACGAGCAUGGAGGAUGAUGUUUACUCUUUCGGUUUAAUCAUCCUGGAAACACUCACCGGCCCGGCGCAGGCCGCGAGGGGGGAAGCCUUUUUGCUCAACGAAAUGGUACGAUACCGGCUCUUUGACUUAUUCUGCGCGAAUGUAAGGUUGACUCUCUGUGUUAUUCUCUCCCUUUGUAGAGGACGUCGUUCAGCAGGCAAGAAGGGCGGAAGCAAAUAAUCGACCCGACCGUGCUCGGCACCGCCGCGGACGAAUCCCUGUCGCUGGUCAUCUCCAUAACGGAUAAAUGCUUGUCUUCGGAGUCGUCCCUCCGGCCUUCGAUCGAGGAUGUUCUCUGGAACCUGCAGUAUGCGGCCCAGGUGCAGGCCACCGCCGACAGAGAUCAGCGGUCAGACGCCACCUCGCAGGCAUGA